AUGGCCUUUAGAUACAUCAAAUCUGAAGGUCUACAAGGAGUUCUCCCGCCGGAGUUGGCCCAGCUUCCCUACCUCCAAAUAAUUGAUCUCAGCCGCAACUACCUAAGCGGUACAAUACCUCCAGAAUGGGGUGCAAUGAAAUUGACGAACAUUUCUUUGAUGGCGAACCGUUUGACGGGUCCAAUCCCGAAGGAAUUUGGAAACAUCACCACUCUUGUUGACCUGACCCUCGAAGUCAAUAAUCUCUCUGGAAAUAUUCCUAAUGAGCUUGGAAAACUGAUCAACCUACGGAAACUGGUACUUUCCUCAAAUAAUUUCACGGGGCCGUUUCCGGAGAGCCUCUCUAAGCUGGUCAGCUUGAUGGACCUUCGGAUAAGCGAUAACAAGUUCACUGGAAGGAUACCUAGUCUUAUACAGAAUUGGAAAAACCUUACAAGACUAAAUAUGCAGGCAAGUGGUUUUGAAGGGCCCAUUCCAUCGGAGAUUUUUCUUUUGGAAAAGUUAACUGACCUAAGGAUCAGUGAUAUAAAUGGACCCGAAGCACCUUUUCCAUUAUUGAGUAACAUGAGAAGCAUGAAAUAUUUGAUGUUAAGGAGUUGCAACAUCAAUGGAACUUUACCUGAGUAUCUUGGUCAAAUGACACAGAUGAAAACCUUGUAUCUCUCUCAUGGCCACAACCACUCAAUCUGCAUAUUUAUUAUGACUGAUGGAUACAAACUCCAUAUAAAUUGUGGUGGAGGAGAAGAAACUAUAGGCAACUAUAUAUAUGCAGCUGAUCAAAAUCAUAUUGACCCUUCAACAUCUUCUGCAAUGACGUCGCAGAGUAAAGAUGUAUGGGCACUUAGCAACACUGGUUACUUUACAGAUGGUAAUGACAAAAAUAACUUUAUAGUAACAAAUACACAUAGCCUGUUGAACAACUCACCAGAGUCUACGUUAUAUAAGACAGCACGUACUUCUCCAAUCUCUCUCACAUAUUAUGGGUAUUGUAUGAGGAAAGGAAGUUACAAAGUCAAACUCCACUUUGCAGAAAUCAUGUUUACAAAUGAAAGAAAUUACAGUAGCCUUGGAAGGCGUAUAUUUGAUGUUUAUAUUCAGGGACAAUGGGUACUGAAAGAUUUCAAUAUAGUAGAUAAAGCAGGUGGAGCAGGCAAGCCAUUCAUUAAAACAAUCGACCAAGUUAAUGUAACAGAUGGAACUUUGGAAAUUCGCUUCUAUUGGGCUGGAAAAGGAACAACUGCAAUUCCUGAAAGAGGAGUUUAUGGUCCCUUGGUGUCAGCUAUCUCUGUGGAGCCUAACUUCCCAAUUCCUUCAGAAGGUAGAAAGGUAUCAACAGGUGUUGUUGCUGGAAUUGUGGUUUCAGUGUUGGCCUUUAUCUUCCUGGUUCUGGGUAUCCUUUGGUGGAAAGGCUAUUUAGGAUGCAAAAAUACAAUGGACAAAGAUUUGAGAGGCUUGGACCUACAAACUGGAUCCUUUACACUAAGGCAAAUUAAAGCUGCAACAAACAACUUUGAUGCGGCAAACAAGAUUGGAGAAGGCGGUUUUGGGUCUGUUUACAAGGGACUUUUAUCAGAUGGGACUAUAAUAGCAGUUAAACAACUUUCUUCCAAAUCGAAGCAAGGAAAUCGUGAAUUCGUGAAUGAGAUAGGCAUGAUUUCUGCUCUACAACACCCUCACCUUGUAAAGCUUUAUGGAUGUUGUAUUGAAGGAAAUCAGUUAUUGCUAGUAUAUGAGUACAUGGAAAAUAAUAGCCUUGCUCGUGCCUUGUUUGGCCCGGAAGAAUACCAAUUGAAACUAGAUUGGCCAACUAGGCACAAGAUCUGUGUUGGAAUUGCAAGAGGUUUGGCUUAUCUUCAUGAAGAGUCAAGAUUGAAGAUUGUUCAUAGGGACAUCAAGGCUACUAACAUACUUCUUGACAAAAAUCUUAACCCAAAGAUAUCUGAUUUUGGAUUGGCCAAGCUUGACGAUGAGGAGGACACUCACAUAAGCACUCGAAUUGCUGGAACUUUUGGAUACAUGGCACCAGAGUAUGCAAUGAGGGGUUACUUGACAGACAAAGCAGAUGUUUAUAGUUUUGGAGUUGUUACCUUGGAAAUUGUCAGUGGGAGGUCUAACACUAGUUUCAGGCCAAAGGAGGAACGCAUUUAUCUUCUUGAUUGGGCCCUUAUUCUGAAAGAGAAAGGAAAUUUGAUGGAUCUAAAGGAUCCAAGGUUGGGAUCAGAUUUCAACAGGGAAGAGGUUAUGGCCAUGAUUAAUGUGGCUCUCAUGUGCACCAACCCAUGUGCUCAACUAAGGCCCCCCAUGUCUGCUGUGGUGAGCAUGAUUGAAGGCCGACUCCCUAUUCAUGAGUUUGUCUCAGAGCCAAGUCGCUUCAGUGAUAAGGAGAAGGACAAGGAAUUGAUGAAUUAUUAUCAACAGAACCAAGACCAUAGUAUCAGUGAGAGCCAGACCCAGCGUAUGUUAAAUGAUGGGCCUUGGACUGGGUCUUCUACUUCUGCCCAUGAUCUUUACCCAAUCAAUUUGGACUCUGAAUAUUUGAAUCAUAGAGUAUAGAGUAGUUACAUGUUAUUUCUAUUACUUUACUAUUUUUCCUCAUUUCUUUUUGAUGAUCAUAUAUAGACUUUUUAGUUUCCAUCAUAAGAGGUACAAGUUUUGUAAUUUUCUUGUAAAUGAGUGUACACUUGAAAAUAA